AUGUGGAAAACCGUCGGUUUUUGGUUUCUUAUUUUCUGCGCAGUUUCCGCAGCUUCCAGACUUUACCGAGAACCACCGGACCCGGAGCUCCAACUGGUACGAGCAGUAUCGCGAACUAUCGUUCGCUACGGUUCAAUCAUAAGCGAUCGCUUCCGAUCUCCGCUGCUGGUGGAUAGUUUUGCGCAGGACCGGCGAGCCCGCCACCAGCAGCAGGACUGCCUAGACGGUGUACUUCGCAGCGUUGAGCGAGAGUUCCCAGUACAGUUUCACUGUCAUACGAAACCGUCGCACCAUGAACGGGCCGUAAUGCUUAGCUUGAUCCUGAUCGAUGGACGUAUCGCCCUUCGAAAGUUUCUAAACCAUAUGGAUGAACGGUUCGAUACAUCCGGCAUCUUCUGGAUUGUACUGUUCGAUCCAAACAGUUCGGAGAAAUUCAGCAAUCAGUACGAGUUGCUUCAGCAUAUAUUGGAGAACUUCUGGCACAAACAGAUUCUCUAUGUGUUUAUCUUUGUGAUCAGCGAAUCGAACGGCGUUCAGUUGUACUCCUUCUUUCCGUACGAUCAAAAUGUGUGUGGUUUCGUUCAGCCGGUUCUCCUCGACUGGCAGAAGGAUAGGUUAUUUCGAUCGCGACUACCACAGCUCUACGGAUGUCCGUUGCGCAUUGGAACUUUCGAGAAUCCACCGUUCAUUAUGAUCGCAAAGGAUGCUCAAGGUCACGCGUACUUACGUGGCAUUGAGGGGAACCUAAUCAAUACCAUAUCGAAGCGGUUGAACUUUACGCUCACGAUUGUGUCACCUCCGGAAAACGAUCAGUGGGGUCAACUCGGCGAGGAUGGUAACAACACCGGGCUGAUGAAAUUACUGCUGGAUGGGAGCGUCGACUUUGGGAUCAGCUCACUGGGGUUAACCGAGAAAAGGAUGACACUGCUGUCACCUGGAACGUUCCAUUUCACUACGGAUUUGAUUUUUGCUGUCCCCUCCGGAAGGCAGUAUUCCGCUUUCGAGAAACUCUUUCUACCCUUAUCUGCCGGGACCUGGUAUGUGGUUUGCGGAUUUCUGGUGGGUGCUCUGAUCACCAUUGCUUUCGUGAAAGUACAGAAAAGUCGAGUACAAGACUUCGUUUUCGGACUAAACAUUCGAACGCCUACGUUAAAUUUGCUUAGCGUUCUUUUCGGUGGUUCCUCAGUUAGGUGUCCGACAAGAAACUUUGCUCGAACCUUGUUGAUGCUGUGGACAUUGUGUACACUAGUUGUUCGAACCGCUUAUCAAGGCUCACUGUACAAGUAUCUGCAGGCUCCGAAGAACUUCUCCGCUCCGUCGACAAUCGAUGCAAUUCAGCGCGAAGGCCUGUAUUUCUACAUGCUGGAUAUAGAUUUGCAGUACUUCGUGAACUACCCAAGGGUUUUCGACAGAAUACGUUUCUUUUCGCAUCAAUAUUCCGCGACCGUCGAGAAGAUGGAACAGAUUGGACGAGAAGAAUUGGACGGAGCAUUGCUGACGCUUGUUGACAGCGUAGCCUUUCACAAUCAAGUCUAUCCACCGGAAGAUUUCAUACAAAUCACCCGCGAGGUUGUCUGCACCUUUCCGAUGGUAAUUUACUAUCCGAAGCAUUCGCUGUUGAAACGAAUUUUCGACCAGGAGAUCAAAAAGCUUAGGACUACCGGAUUGAUGCAGUUGUGGGCGUCCAGGUAUGGCAAUUACGAUUUCUUGCGACGCACAAAGAUGACGGCGCUCACUAAGCCACUCUCCGUGGGCCAUUUGGCAGGGGCGUUUGAGCUUUACGGAGUGCUGUUGACGCUGAGUGGGAUUGUCUUUCUAGUGGAGGUAAUUGCUAAGCGAAGUGGACAGGUUGGAAUUGCUGUAGAGAGAAUUCAAUACCCGGAGGGCGGUGCCAUCGCGUGCUACUUUAGCUGUGGUAAGCCGAUUCGAUGUUGA